AUGGAGUCUGGCACACAGAUAGACGUCUUGAAGCUCUUUAAAGCGCCGAAUAAAUGGCGGCCAUCAUACACAACCGGGUUACAUAUUGAAACCCAAGAGCAUACCAGUGCCGCAGCCAUAUUUGGUAGCACCCUACUUCCUAAGGAUGAUGACCCGUUGUUCGAAACGGUUGCAACGGCUUUUGCUGAGCCCUCCAGGGAGGAAUUAAGUCUGCUCCGUACACCGUUCAACAACCCGUUCUGGGAUACAUUCAAUGACAUAUGGCAAGCCAUGCGCUGUCUAAAAAAUGGAUGGCCUGUUGAGGGGAAAUCAGAUGCUAUUGCGCUUGGUUUUAUUAGAGCUACUGGCGACAAAUAUCUGGGUACAAACUAUAGCUAUAAGUCAAUUUCAUUCAAGUGUGGUCUAAAGUCAGUAGCUGUCCGUGGCAAGCUCACCGGUGUCGGCACAUACCAUCGAACGGCUGACAAGGGUCUGCCGUUCACUGUCUUUGUCGGAACGAAAGGCGCCUACCCUUUGUGCACCACAGAAGAGGUGGUGCCUUACCUCCUCCUCCAGGCCAUCCUAAAAUAUAAUCGAAACCCUACUCUAGAGACAUAUCAUGGGUUUGUCGUGGGUGUGAAGGGGAGUACCCUCCAGUUCAACAAGGGAGCAGUAUCUCGAGAGUAUCUAGAAGGUCUGAUCCGUACGACCUCUCCGAGCCGGACGGUCGUAGAGAAUGUGCAAGAGGUUGGCUCGGGCUCAUGCGGAAUAUACAUGCUGAAUUGA